AUGGCUGAGCGCGAAAUACGAACACCCUCCUCGUUAAAAGCUGACAUAUGGAAAUAUUUUGGCUUCUAUGAAGUUGAAGGUGGAAAUGAGCUAGACAAGAGCCACACUAUCUGUAGGUUAUGUCGAACAAAACUAAAAUAUUUCGGAAACACGAAAAACAUGAGAAACCAUAUUACACGUUUCCACCCAGAGGAGGAAAAACAGAUGGCUGGACCGUCCGUUGCCGCAAACCAGAGGACCAUUGAGCAAACAAUAUUGUCAAAGCUUCCACCCGGCUCGGAAAGGGCAAAGCGAAUUACAAAAUCAAUCGCAACAUUUAUUGCCAAGGAUUUACGUCCGUAUUCAGUCGUUGAGAACCAGGGCUUUUGCGCUAUGUUGCACACUUUGGAGCCGAGAUACAACGUCCCAUCUCGGAGAUAUUUUACAGAUACAGCGAUCCCCAAACUCUACAACGAGACCAAAAACGAAGUCAUGGAAUCACUGAAGAAAGCAGGUAGGAUAGCUGUGACAUGUGAUGCCUGGACAUCCAUUGCCACUGAAUCGUAUGUCACCGUAACUGCGCAUUUUAUUACUGAUGAGUGGCAGCUGGCGUCUCACGUGCUCCAGACAAGAGAAGUGAAUGAGAGCCAUACGGGUGCAAAUAUCGCUGAGCUGUUAAAGAAUGUAACAGAGGAAUGGCAGAUCACUAAAAAAGAUUUAGUUUUAGUAACUGAUAACGCAUCCAACAUGGCUGUUGCUGCUGAACUGUGUAAAUUCCUGCAUGUGAAGUGCUAUGCCCACACGUUAAACCUGGCCUCACAGCGGGCGCUCAAGUUGCCCACCGUGUCAAGGCUACUGGGGAGGGUGAGACGUAUUACUACGUAUUUUCACCGCAGUACCACUGCAAAACACCAGUUUGAAGAGAAGCAGAUUCUACUUGGUCUGCCGAAACACAAGCUGAAAAUAGAUGUGAGCACCAGGUGGAAUAGUGCGUAUGAGAUGGUUGACCGGUUUCUUGAGCAACAGCCUGCAGUCUGCGCUGCUUUACUGUCUCCUCAGGUACGGAGAGGAGAGUCGGACAUCUGCACACUCACUGAAGCAGACAUCUCAAACGCAGAGGAUAUUAUCAAAGCCCUAAAGCCAAUGAAGGAUGCAACCGUUCUCAUGUCAGAGGAGAGCAGCCCCUCCAUCUGUUUGAUUGCUCCUUUGCAAGCUCAACUCAUUCAGGACAGUAGUGGAGAGUCCGAGUCAUCAAUGGUCCGGGAGAUAAAGCAUGCCAUCAGUGGGGACCUCAGUAAGAGAUACAAAAGUGAACAAGAGAGAAACACUCUUUUAACAGCUUCUGCUCUGGACCCACGAUUCAAGGGCCUGCCUUUUCUUUCGGUGGAGGAGAGAGAGAUGUAUGGAAGACUGAUUGCUGAGGCUGCAUCACUAGAGCAAGAGGUGAGAGUUGAAGAGGAGGAAACCCCAGAGCACAACACAUUGAGGGAAGAAGACACCCUGACCACUGAGGAGGAGCAUCACCAAAGCCCAUCUAACAAAAGAAAAUCCUCAUCUUCUCUUCUAGAGAAUCUGCUGGGGAAUACCUUUACUGAUGCUAGAGUCCAGCAGCAGCCCAUGUCUGCUUAUGCCAGAGCUGAGAAAGAAGUGACCAAUUACCGCAGUGCUCCAUCACUCCCUCUAUCCGAGGACCCUCUUAGCUGGUGGAGUAAGAAUCACAGUGUUUCCUCUAGGAUUUUUUUCAGCUGUGGCGGCAGGGGGCGCCCAUGA